UCCUCCGCUCCUCACUCUCCUCUCAGAGACGCAGCAUCCGUCAUGUCCACCACCUUCAUCUCUCGCUCCAUGCGCUCCUCCGCCGGCUCCGGCGGCUCCGUGAGGGGCUUUGGAGGAGGAGGAGGGUUCUCCUCCUUGAGGGCCGGCAGCGUGUAUGGAGGAGCAGGAGGCUCUGGGGUCCGCAUCUCCUCGUCCCUGGGUGGAGGUGGAGGAGGUGGAGGUUUCUCCCUGGGUGGAGGUAGAGGUGGAGGAGGUGGAGGUUUCUCCCUGGGAGGAGGUGGAGGAGGUGGAGGUUUCUCCUUCAGCGCCUCCAGCAUGGAGGACAGCCUGGUGGGCAACGAGAAGUUCACCAUGCAGAACCUGAACGACCGGCUGGCCUCCUACCUGGAGAAGGUCCGCAAGCUGGAGGCGGCCAACGCCGAGCUGGAGCAGAAGAUCCGCGGCUUCGUGGACAGCAAGGUGGGGCCCUCCACCCGGGACAACAGCGGCUUCUUCACCUCCAUCACCGAGAUCACAGAGAAGAUCCAGGAGGCCCUCCGAGUGAACGGAGCCGUCCACCUGAGCCUGGACAACGCCCGCCUGGCCGCAGACGACUUCAGGACCAAGUACGAGAACGAGCUGGCCAUGUGGCAGUCGGUGGAGGCCGACAUCGCCGGGCUGCGGCGGCUCCUGGACGAGCUGACGCUGUCCAAGUCGGACCUGGAGAUGCAGAUCGAGGGUCUGAGGGAGGAGCUGAUCUACCUGAAGAAGAACCACAAGGAGGAGCUGGUGUUCACGCGCUCCCAGAUGAGCGGCCAGGUCCACGUGGAGGUGGACGCCGCGCCGGCUCAGGACCUCACCAAGGUGAUGGAGGAGAUCCGGGAGCAUUACGAGUCAGUCGCCGCCAAGAACCAGAGAGACCUGGAGGCCUGGUUCCAGACCAAGACAGAGACUCUGAACAAGGAGGUGGUCUCUCAGUCGGUGACGCUGCAGGAGACCAGGGGCGAGGUGACAGAGGUCAAAAGGUCGCUGCAGUCUCUGGAGAUCGAGCUGCAGACAAUGCUGGGCAUGAAAGCGUCUCUGGAGGCGACCAUGGCUGAGACCCAGAGCCGAUACUCGCUGCAGCUGUCCGGCUACCAGAUGCAGGUAUCGUCCCUGGAGGAGCAGCUGGUUCAGCUGAGGGCCGACAUGGAGCGGCAGGGUCAGGAGUACCAGAUGCUGCUGGACCUGAAAACCCGGCUGGAGAUGGAGAUCGCAGAAUACCGCCGCCUGCUGGACGGAGAGGGAGGCGGCAGGUGA